AUGUGGUUGUCUACGCGUAUUAAUUGCUACAAUAUAUUAAUCGGUACGGCAUAUCGUCCUCAAUGGAUGAACAUUGAUAAUUUUUUGGAUGCUAUAACGGAAACUGUGACUUAUUUUUCUAAUUAUGACUAUACGGUUUUUAUGGGAGAUUUAAAUGUUAAUAUGCUGAAUUUGCAUAAUAAUAAUGCACAAAAAAUAGUAGAGUUUCUACACUAUACUAGCCUCACGCAAAUAGUCACUGAGCCAACACACUUGUCAACCGACACUGAAACGCUUAUUGACCUAGUGUGUACUAAUGCACCGGUCCGCAGUAUUUCGAACAAUUUUAUUAGAGGUUCCUUGGGGCAUGCGAUGAUUAAUUUCGAACUCACAAUAAAAAAGUGUAAAAUGCCAAUUAAAUAUUUUAUACAUCGACCCAUCAGGGAUAUUAACCUGGAAUAUUUUAAUCUACAUUUAAAUUCUAUAAAUUGGGAAUACAUAAAUAGCCUGGCUUGUGUUGACUUGAUGGUCGACACUUUUAACUCGAUGUUGCUAUUCCUUUUUGAUGGACAUGCUCCUGAAAAAAGGAUUAAAAUUAAUGGCAAACAUUCACUACCAUGGGUAACCGAUACCAUCAGACGUAUGAUUGACUUGCGUAAUAAAGCACUGUUAAUGUAUAGGAGGACAGGAUUGGAGGUACACAAUAAAUAUUAUAAAGACCUUAAAAAUCUCGUUCACAGUAGUAUCGAUCGGGAAAAGCGAGCUUACUAUAAUUAUCAUAUAAACUCUCAACAAAGUAAUGGUAAAAUAUUCUGGAAAAAGUUAAAGGAAAAUAUUCCCGUGGACUCCCCUAAAAGUGAUAUACUACCGUCCUUUUUCAAUAACCCCGACAACAUUAAUGCACAUUUUUUAAAUGUACCUGGACCGAAUAAUGUGUCUUUAUCAAAACUCACUUACUAUGAGUUUCAUAGGUAUGGUACAGCUGGUUUUCGAUUGCAGCCGGUGUCAGAGAGUGAUGUUGCUAGGUAUAUCUCGGCAAUAAAAUCUAAUGCAUUGGGUAGUGAUCGGGUGAGUAGAGACAUGAUACUAUUGACUCUUCCUCGUACACUAGCAAUUAUAACCAACAUAAUUAAUAAAUCUAUUGUUACGUCUAAAGUUCCUAGUCAAUGGAAACAUGCAUUGGUUACUCCUUUAUCCAAAAUUAAUAAUCCUGCCGAGUUUAAUGAUCUCAGACCAAUAAGUAUUCUAUCCUUUCUGUCCAAAGUCUUGGAGAAAGCCGUUCAUACUCAGUUGCUGAAAUACGUUGAAACAAACAACAUCCUGCCAAAGUAUCAGUCAGGAUUCCGUAAAGGUAAAAGCACUACCACUGCUUUACUGGAUGUUGUAGAUAAUAUUCUUGCUUCACAAGAUGUUGGUAAUGGUACUAUUUUAACUUUACUCGACUACUCUCGCGCUUUUGAUUGUUUAAAUGUACCUCUUUUGCUUUCAAAGCUGACAUAUUAUGGUUUGGAUCGGCACUCUGUGGGAUGGUUUCAUAGUUACCUUAGCAACCGAUACCAAUCGGUAAAAAUACAAAAGCUGGAUGGUUCCUACUCAGUGUCAGAGCCUAAGCUGGUAGACCGUGGAGUACCUCAGGGUUCGAUACUCGGGCCACUUCUUUUUAUUAUUUAUUGUGCUGACAUUGAAAAUGCAAUAAACUAUUGUAAUUUUCAUUGUUACGCUGAUGAUAUACAAAUUUAUAUCUCUGGAGCCCCCGCUGCGAUUACUGACGCUGCUCAUAAACUUAAUAAGGACUUGGAGAAAAUUGCUGCCUGGUCACAAGAAAAUGCAUUGGUUAUUAAUCCCAACAAAACAAAAUAUAUGAUUCUUGGAUCAACAAAACAAAUUACUGACAUAAUAAAUAAAAAUAUUACAGUAAAUAUCCUGGAUCAGAGUAUUGAACGAGUGGAAGAAGCGCGAAACUUGGGGAUUAUUUUUGACAGUCGGCUGCGAUUUGAAAGCACACAGAACUGUGACAUUUACUGGCAGCUUCCGCUACCAAGCAACAAAAUGUUGGAACAACAUCCCGCCACCAUUUAG